CGUCAUCAUCACCGCACUACAGGCAGAUAUAACAGCAUGGUUCACGGUGAAAAUACACAUUUCGAGUUCGACGCAGAAAUGAGGCGAGUCGUAAUAUUCGGUAGCACCGGGAACGUCGGCCUCUGUUCUCUGAGGACCGCUGUGGAAAAAAAUCUGGAAGUGAGAGCUUUUGUAAGAGAUGAGACAAAAAUCCCUGAGGAUCUUAAAGAUAAAGUCGAAACAGUUGUAGGAGAUGUUACUAACGUCAAAGACGUUGCAAAGGCGGUUGCUGGAAGAGAUGCUGUCGUGGUAGUAGUUGGUACCGGAAAAAAUGCUGGCCCUACUACGGUAUUAUCUCAAGGUAUGCGAAAUAUAAUAGAUGCCAUGAAAGCACAUAAUGUUGAGCUGGUCUCUGUAUGCCUAUCAGAGAUACUGCUUUUCGGACUUGAGGCAUGGUCUAUUGGAUAUGAUGUGAUCAAAGAUCAUCGGCGCAUGUUCGAUGCACUUAAAUCGAGUGGCUUAAAGUGGGUGACAGUGUUUGUACCGUUCAUCGUAGAUUCACCAAAGUGCCAAUAUAACAUCGAAUUCGAUUCUUCAAAUGGAUUUACAAUCUCCAAAUACAGCUUAGGCAAAUAUAAUCGCAAGGUUCCCGGCGCGAACGCACAUUUUGAGCUCGACGCAGAGAUGAGGCGAGUCGUGAUAUUUGGCAGCACCGGGAACACCGGCCUCUGUUCUCUGAGGACCGCUGUGGAAAAAGGUUUAGAAGUGAGAGCUUUUGUAAGAGACAAGACUAAAAUUCCCGAGGAUCUUAGAAAUAAAGUUGAAGCAGUUGUAGGAGAUGUCACUAACGCCAAAGACGUUACAAGAGCUAUUGCUGGAAGAGAUGCUGUUGUGGUAGUACUUGGUACCAGAGAAGAUGUAAGCAACCCUACUAUCCUACUAGCAUUAUCUCAAGGUAUGCGAAAUAUAGUAGAUGCCAUGAAAGCACAUAAUGUUGAGCUGGUCUCUGUAUGCCUAUCAGAUUUACUGUUUUUUGGGGUUGAAAUACAUAUUGGAUAUGUUGCUAUCGCUAGAGAACAUCAGCGCAUGUUCGAUGUAAUUAAAUCGAGUGGCUUAAAAUGGGUGGCAAUAUUUCCACCGUUCAUCCUAGACACACCAAAGGGCCGGUAUGCCAUCGAAUUCGAUUCUGCACCUGGAACUACAAUCUCCAAAUAUAGCUUGGGUGAAUUUCUCGUCGAAUGUCUCGAGAAUCCUAAUUAUUAUCAAAAGAGAAUUGGCAUCACAGACAUUUAAUGAUGCGAAAAGGAAUGUUAAGAUACAUGAAUAAUAAAAUGUAUGUACUUUGUCUAGUGGAAAAAUAAAUAUAUAUAUUUAUAUCAAC